GGGGCUCGGCCAGCCAAGGCUGGGAUCGGGAACCGGCAGCGGGAAGCGGCCGCCGCCCGGGCAGCCCGAGGCUAGGCAGGGCGAAGCCAGGCGGGGCGGGGCUGGGCGCCACGGGAAGGGGAGGCCGGGCUGCCUUGGGACCGACCGACCCGAGCCACUCUCGCAACGCCAGCCACGAUGGGGCUGGAGACCGAGAAGGCUGAUGUGCAGCUCUUCAUGGCCGAUGACGCCUACAGCCACCACAGUGGCGUCGACUACGCAGAUCCCGAGAAGUAUGUUGACUCCAGUCACGACCGGGAUCCUCACCAGCUCAACUCGCAUCUCAAGCUAGGCUUCGAGGAUCUGAUUGCAGAGCCUGAGACUACACAUUCCUUUGACAAAGUGUGGAUCUGCAGCCAUGCCCUCUUUGAAAUCAGCAAAUACGUGAUCUACAAGUUCCUGACGGUGUUUCUGGCCAUCCCCUUGGCCUUCAUUGCGGGUAUCCUGUUUGCUACCCUCAGCUGUCUGCACAUCUGGAUCCUAAUGCCUUUUGUGAAGACCUGCCUCAUGGUCCUGCCUUCCGUGCAGACAAUAUGGAAGAGUGUAACAGACGUUGUCAUUGGCCCAUUGUGUACAAGUGUUGGACGCACCUUCUCAUCUGUCAGCAUACAACUGAGCCAUGACUGACCACUCAGACCCCAGGUCCAAACAUUUGGAUACUGUACAACUUUGUUGAUGUAACGCGAAAGCACUACUGUUCUGCUCACUUCCCAACUCUUAUAAUUAUUCUUAAGAUGGGUUUAUCGAUGUUGGCUGACAGAUCUUUACAAAUAAUGAUUUCCCCACUAAAAGCCAAGGAUUCUAUAUCUAAUUCUAUGUCUUGUAUAACAAGAAUCAGCAACACGCAAUGUAAGAACAGAUAGCUUUUCACUUUAGGAAGAAACAUACACUUGUAGUGAUGACUUGAUAGUCAAGGACAACUUCCUCAGACAUUAGAGUAAUUUUGUGCCUAACUGCCCAUAAAAUAAGGUAUUUCUUAUUUUCUAUUACUUUAGGAGUAGUGCUCUUAAAGCUACUUUUCCAGACAUGUUCAUAAGGCUAGCUAGGGGCAAUAUAUUCCAAGAUUCUAGAAACUGUGUGCAUAGACUUAUGAUACAAAAGCACAUACUUAUGGUAAUAACUAUCAAAUAUAAUAAGGCAGAAAAAUGUGAAAAUGUGUUCCUCUGCAAUAUUAUUAGCCUGC